CUGGGUGGGGAAACGGAAGCAAAGCCGUAACGGCUGUGCUUGUUUUGUUGAUUUUAACCGCCUUUCAGGCGGCACAUCUCGCACGCCAAAUAGGAUUUAAAGGAGCAGCCGACUGUAAACAUGGAUGACAUUUUCACCCUGUGUCGAGAGGGCAACUCCGUGGCCGUUCGCCUGUGGUUGGACAACACGGAAAAUGACCUUAAUUUAGGGGACGACCACGGCUUCAGCCCGCUGCACUGGGCGUGCCGGGAGGGGCGCGGCGGCCUGGUGGACAUGCUCAUCAUGAGGGGCGCCCGCAUCAACGUCAUGAACCGCGGCGACGACACCCCUUUGCAUCUGGCGUCCAGCCACGGCCACGCCGACAUCGUAGCCAAACUGAUUCAGUGCAAGGCGGACCCCAACACGGUCAACGAGCACGGGAACACGCCGCUGCACUACGCAUGCUUCUGGGGGCAAGAGGCAGUAGCACAGGAUCUGGUGGUGAGCGGCGCUCAGGUGUGUGUGUGCAACCGGUACGGACAGACGCCACUGGAUAAGGCCAAGCCUCACCUCAGGCAACUGCUUCAAGAGAAGGCAGAAAAACUGGGACAAAGUUUGACCAAAAUUCCCUACAAGGAAACCUUCUGGAAGGGCACCAUGAGGACCAGGCCUCGUAACGGCACUCUCAACAAGCAGGCCGGCAUUGAUUACAAACAACUUUCACUGCUGGCCAAAAUCAAUGAAAACCACUCGGGAGAGAGUUGGCAGGGUCGCUGGCAGGGGGACGAGGUGGUGGUGAAGGUGUUGCAGGUGAGGGAGUGGAGCACCAGGAAGAGCAGAGACUUCAGCGAGGAGCAUCCCAAGCUGCGGAUCUUUUCUCACCCCAACAUCCUCCCAGUUCUGGGAGCAUGUCAAUCCCCCCCGGCCCCUCACCCCAUCAUCAUCACCCCUUACAUGCCGUACGGAUCUCUCUACAACCUUCUCCACCAGGGCACAACUCUGGUGGUGGACCAAAGCCAAGCGGUCAAGUUUGCGCUGGACGUCGCCAGUGCCAUGACCUUCCUCCACACCCUGGAGCCAUUGGUGCCACGGCUGUACCUCAACAGUAGACAUGUCAUGAUUGACGAGGACAUGACGGCAAGGAUAAGCAUGGCGGAUGCCAAGUUCUCCUUCCAGUGUGCCGGACGCAUGUACUCUCCGGCCUGGAUGGCCCCAGAAGCCCUCCAGAAGCGCUCGGAAGACAUCAACAGGAGAUCGGCCGACAUGUGGAGCUUUGCCGUGCUCCUGUGGGAGCUGGUCACCAGGGAGGUGCCCUUCGCCCAUCUCUCUCCAAUGGAAAUUGGCAUGAAGGUGGCUCUGGAGGGCCUGCGCCCAACCAUCCCACCGGGGAUCUCGCCUCACAUCUGCAAGCUGAUGAAGCUGUGCAUGAACGAAGACCCCGCCAAGAGACCCAAGUUUGACAUGAUCAUGCCCAUCUUGGAAAAAAUGCAAGACAAGUGAACUGCGCUCAACUAUCUGCUAAGCCGCUGUACAUAAUGUUGCGUCUACCGCACAUUUUCCAGUAAAUAUACGUCUCGGCUUGAAGUAAGCUUUUGCUUUUUUUAAUAGUUUUUUUUUUUAUUCUUGGUUGGACUAUUUAGUGACCGAAUUAAGGCAAAAAAAAAAAAGAUAACGCUAUAUCUCCACCGGUGCAAAUAAAGUUUUCUAUUUAUGAUAAA